CUACAAUCCGGGAUUGUUAUACUGAUGCUGGUAGCUUGCAAGGCUUCAGGAGAGCUAUUAGGAGUUACAGGUGAGAAAAUGUGUACCAUCUUCAUUGUGAAAGUCUUCUCUUACCAUAUCAUAUACCGUACAGUACGACGCAUGCAAAAUAUUGUUCACAUGUACUCAGGUGAGUCAACGCUAUCUGAUAAUUUGUAAUGAGACAGCAUUAUGUUGUACCUUUUGGUUCUGUCACGUUACAGAUAAAAUCAAAGAACCCAACUAUGAGAAUUGAUAAGUCAUUCUUAUAUCUCCCAAACGUCUACAAACUAACGUAUCAGUCAUCUUUCUUAGAAAUCACUUCCCUAUUGAGAUUUUAUGGUUGAUCUUAUGUUAGUUUAACAUUCUUCAGCUGCUAGAGUCUAAAUAGUUCAGCUUUCUCUAUUAAGUUCACAUGGAUCUUGUAAUUCUAUUUUUUCAUAGUGGUGUUUGCAUCUAUGUAUCCUUUGCAUACAUUGGUCCUUGCAUUUUCUCAUUUUGUCAUGUUUCAGAAUUGCAUUUCUUUUUUAACAUGCGUACUUUUUUUUCCUUCUUUGGGGUUAAGUCUAAAUGCCAUCUGUCACGAUAAGAAAUUUUGUGCUACAUUUAGUGCGCAAUGUCGUACAAGAUUAAGGAUAUCGUCAGACCCCAGCCUGUACGUAUUUGGUAUCAACAAAUUUAGUACAGAAAUUUUAAUGAUCUUUUCCAAAUAAUUUAAUACUUGAAGUAAAAAGUAGGGUAAUACUAGAAAACCACCAAGCUGGCGGCAAUACUCAACAAGAAAGUAUUUGGCCUUAAGCAAACGAAAACUGGGGUUAGAAUAGAUGUUUGACAUUGGAACAAAGGAGUCUUUUUUUACACAGAAUCAUACGUUUAUCGCAAACAAUUAUUUGUAUGAUAAACAGGGUUAUACUCCUCAAAGUUAAAAUUGUUAUAUACAAAUUUUUUACAGAUUUGGGUAUUAAAGUAUCGUGACAUGGGAGCUCGGUGGUAAUUCCGAGCCAUGGAUGUUGUGUUGUGUGUUGUCCAUAUCACGCACGUGGGUGGAGUUUUAACGAUAGGUACAUUUUAUCGCUGGAGCAGGCUUAUCUCAGUAACUUGUAGACGGCUUGUGGAGUAGUACAGUCUUGGUACUACGAAGUCGGUACAAAGGGUCAGAGGUGGUCUAGUCACCAGGAUUCGCCUUCCCACCACUACUUGUAUCGUGACUAAUAACCUAAAGAGUAUCCGUCUGGCUGAACUCUGCCUCGCUGCAGAUAAAGAAAUCAUCAUCAUUAUGACACAAUUGGUGCAAGAUGGACUUCGAUACGGCGCGGAAUGAACGAACAUUUUUGAGAUCACAAUAGCUACAUGACUAUGUUUUUUAUAAUGUCUCUUUUCAGACGAAGAAUAUGCCACUCAACCACCAGUAUUUCAUUUUGAUGAUUACGACACAUGCAUGAUGUUAAAGAAGAAAUUGUAUUGUUACGUAAACUUUGAACUUAAGCCAACAAACAGAGAGAAACCAUCUCCAGUAUGGAAUACUAUUGAGGUAAUUUUAUCAGUUGGCCUAAUUCCAUCAUUACUAAAACACUAUCCAACGUUGGACUGAAUAUGGUUGCUUUCCGUAUAUACUAAUCAUGACCAACCGCAUACAACGUUGUUUCACGCUUUUCAGCAACUCAGUAUGAUGUGCUCAAAGAGGAGACAAUACGGACAAAUGUAAUCUACAAAUAGUAUUUAUGUCUAUUUGUGGUUGGCAGUUGUCAGAGUGUGUUUGCGCACUAGUUAAUGUUAUAAGUUAUAAGUAACCCUGCUGAAGUGAGAUAUCUUGAUCUGUAACUACUAAUUUUAGAAAGUUAGCUCAAAGAAAAUACACUAUAGGCAUGACCUCUUGAGGCAUUUCAUAUGUGUUCCAACAACAUGCCCGAAAAUAACAGUAUUAAAUGAGACUGAUCCCAAGUUUAAGAUGGAAGUAGGUGCUUGUCUUAGUGAAAAAUACCAGUACCUGGGUUUGAAGGGCGAAGUUACGGAGAUCGCAUGUAAAACCUCUAUCUAUACUCACCAGACGGAUCAUGUGGACUAUAUAGUUUUAGGUAUACUAGUUACCUAUAUGUUGUGGGUAACGUUUGCUUCGCUGUAUGAUCUUUGUAAGAGAUACGAUACUCCAGAAAACUACAAAACGUUUGCUACGUCUUCAGCUGGCACUAUGAUAACUGCCUUUUCCGUUCCUAGCAAUUGGACAAAGUUGAAAAGCGAGAACAAGUCACCAGCAGCUGAAAAACUUAAGUGUGUUCAAGGAAUUCGAGUUUACAUGACUUUUUUGGUUAUCCUGGUACACACGCUUUUAUCUGUAACUGGGAGUCCGAUUGCCAAUACCAAGUUCAUCGAAGAGGCAAAUGAUAGAAAAGACCUUUUGGGUGAGUUUUCCAAAAGAGGUGUCUACAUACUAUCGUUUCAUUUUAUGAUGUCGACAUGGAUGUUAAUAGUAUCAAUGUUGGCCAGAGCAGACAGGAAAGAGCCACUAACUAUAGAUUUUAUUGUUAAAUCUAUCAUUAAGAGAUACGUGAGACUUAUCUCAGUUCUGCUAGUUAUUAUAGGACUAUUUGCGACAUGGUUCAGGCAACUUCCGUAUGGUCCCCUGUGGAUUGGUCCUUGCGAGGAAGCUGAAAGAUGUAGACAGAACUGGUGGACUAACGUUUUGUUUAUUCAAACUUGGGUGAAUCGAUACUAUAUGUGUCACAUCGUUAGCUGGUACAUAGGAGUAGAAAUGCAGUUUUAUAUAAUAUCCUUAGUCCUUAUAACGCUCCUAAUUAAGAUGGGAAGAAGCAAAAUUCCCUACGUUAUUUGUGUGCUACUUAUCCUCAGCAUACUUGGAGCAUUUUGGGACCAUUACAGACAUGGUUAUCCAUCCAGUCUGGCUGCUAAUCCUGAGGAUGUAUACCGUCUGCAAUUCAACAAGCAACCGCAAUGGCACGAUCAUUUUUCAAGCUUUAUUGGAAACUUUUCGGGAUCCCUACUGGGUAUUCUAUUUGGAUACAUUUUAUAUAUGUAUGGCAGACAAAGAAUAUUUACCAGUUCGAUACAUGAAUACAUCUGGUGGGUGCUAUCAGUUGGAACUUUGACAGUGGUAGCCUCUUUGCCAUUUUUUGUUGACGUUGAUCGCUCCCCAGCAACGUCUGCUUUGUGGGUUGCCCUGACCAGACCACUAUUUGCUUUCGGAAUAGGCAUCCUCAUAUUAGGCAUGUCUGAAGGGCUCGGAGGUGUAAUCAAGUGGGCAUGUGAAUGGAGCCCUACAUAUUAUCUGGCCAAGCUAUCUUACACAGUCUACAUAGGACACCCAAUUCUACAACAUAUUAGGAUAGGGUUAAUGAGACAUCCAGUUCAUAUAGAUGAAGUAACAAUGAUUAUUAUUCUAUUAGCUGAUAUAGCAGCAGCAUUCAUAUUCGCCCUACUGCUAACGUUGCUGUUCGAAAUGCCUUUCAAUGAACUAGCCAACAUGAUGUUCCGAACGAAAAGAAUCUCAGAAAGUGAUAAGAAGAAGUAAUAACUUAUUAUAUGUUCAUAGUUCUAAAUGUAUUUUUGUUACGAAAUAAACCAAUUUUUUUGAAAAUGAG